AUGUACUCGCCACCGUCUUCGCCGUCUGUGCUGGCCAGCACGUCGAGGCACAACAUCAUCCCGCCUCGGUCCAACGCAAACGAACAGCGACGACAGAAGUCGCUCCGCCUCUUCCUGGGCGACCAGUCCGACGAAGACACCACAUCAGAUAAUGAAUAUGACCUCGACCGCUUUGAUGAUGGCGACAGUGAUGCGGACAGUGGCCCUUCCACAUCCACGUUCCGCUUGCAGGCUGGACCUGCUGCCGCCGCCUUGCUUUGCAGUCCACAGAGAAAGACGGCUCGGGCUCGGGCGUACGACGACGAAGAAGAAGGAUCCCGAGCCCCCUUCUUUCAGCGUGCCCAAGCGAGGAACCAGAAACAAGCUGCUAGUCCGAAGAAACCGUCGGCCUUGGGGAGCACAGCAUCCAAGCAGCAGACUGCCAACUCGGCAGCCAUUCCAACCACUCCCACCAAGCGUCAGAAGGGCUUCGUCGUGCGCGGAAACGUGACACCCUCUCGUGCAUUCAGCAUCUUCAAGGCCGCCAAGCAGCGCAGUCAGCAGCGUCAACAACACGGCCUGCCCACGCCACCGAACACAUCUCCACUGCGACCGAUCAUUCUCGACAGCUGCGACGACAGCCCUCGCCAUGUGCUCGCGAGCCCUUCUCAGCAUCAACAAACGCACCGUGGCUUGUUCCUUUCAUCCUCGUCUCCAAUAUCUGCAAGUCGAUCACAAUUGCAAGUGAUGGAAAGCCCGAGCCGCAGUAGCUUGACAGCUACAUCACGACACACUGUACCACAGUACAAACCUUCUGCCUUUUCGGCAGGCACCGGCAACGCUCGGACCCUCUCCAACUCGCUGUUCAGCUUGCGCACACGCCAAGGCUUGCAUAGCGGACACGGCCUUCUCAGCAACAGUCGCCACUUUUCCGCCGCACGCACGCCGAUCUUCGACUCGACGUCGUAUCUCGAAACAUUCGUCUCGCCAGCUUCGUGCCAGUUCCAGAACCCGCGGAGUGCGGACCAGGAGAUCUUGUCUCAUCCUAUUAGUGCAGCCUACAGCUAUUCGUCGCGCUCGGUCAAUCCGUCUGCGCAGUGGCUCGCAGUCGGAGACGACGAGGGCCGCAUCACACUGCUCAACACCUUGCCGUGGCAAGACCCGGCGGCAGAAUGCUUUGCGGGAAACCCACAGUGGCAAGCCUCGACUUCGGCGGCGAUCUUCGAGGUGGUGUGGAGGUUCGACGACCGCAGCCUGCUGUCGGGCGCGAGCGACUUUUCGAUCCGCAGCUGGGACACCGAGUACCAGAAGUGCACCGCCGAGUUCGAAGGGCAUGGCGGAAGCCCGCGCACGAUCGUGUACGAUCCGACCACCAACGGCGAUGGCGGGUGCGGCAUGGUCUUUGCGAGCGCGGGCAGGGACGGGACGAUUCGUAUCUGGGAUGCGAGGACCAGCUCACGCGGGCACACGCCCGGUUGCGAUGAGGAUUCAGACAGCGUGGGCGUCAGGCCUGUGCUCACGAUCAAUGCAGCGCAUGCCACGACGUGGGAGAACAACUCGAUGGCUAGCAAGGGUCGCAAACAUGCCCGCAGCGGUGCUGCAGUAGGAGCGAGAGGCAAGAAGCGCGCUCAACAAUCACUCCCAGCUGGCGUCACGGCACUCUCGUAUCUGCCAGAUGGGCAGGGCCACAAGUUGCUCAGCGGUGGCUCGGCCAAUGGCAUCAUCAAGUGCUGGGACCUUCGUCACGUCGGCCAAUCGCACGGAGCAACACCAGUCGCCCGGGUAGACACUGCAUCCGCAUCGCUCGGCAAACGGGGCGCAGAUCUGCCCGCAGAUGCACCUAUCUCGGCGGGAUGGCAAACCCCAGAUCUGUCCAUGCUCGGUCCUUCGCCCUCGGUCGGGCUGCGCAGCUCGCACGGUCUUUCGCAAAUCGUCUCGUCGUCCACCUCGCUGUUUGCCUCAUGCACUGGUGGAAAGAUCCAUGCGCUUCCGCUGUCGACGUUUCUCGACUCGCAUCUGGUGGCCUCGGAAGUGCAGACGCUGUACGAACCGGUGCAGUGCCAGAACACGCUGUUUUCGCGCAUGGCGCUCUUCGACGACCGCUUCCUCGCCGUGGGUUGCAAUACGGGCAACAUUGCGCUCUGGGACGUGCGUCUUGAUCGCACGAACCAGAUGUGCCAGCCGCAGCGUGCGGCGGAGAAGGAUCUGUUCGAAGAGCGAGAGUACGCCCAGUGCGAGGAGCUCGGCUUCGCACACAAGUCAACGCACGCUGGAGGCAUGGCUGUGCUCACCGAGGGACACCAGAGGAAUACAGAGGUCAACGCGGUCUCGUGGGCGAAUGGUCCCAACGGUCCAACGCUCAGCUCGGUCGGUGACGACACUUUCAUCCGCACCUGGUACCCGGAUCGCGACCUCAGACACACCAUUGCAUCCGCAGAGGCGACUCGCGACUGA